AUGACAAACAAGCGGUGUGAAGUCCUCCUGGGUAGUGGAAACUACCUUCACUGGGAGUAUAACAUGCGCAUGACGUUGGCGCGCAAGGGGCUGCUGGUGCACGUUCAAGUCAUCAAGAAAGAAGAAGAGAUGACGGAUGCCUGGCUGUUCAACGACGCUAAGGCACUGGGUAUCAUCGCUCAAGGCAUAGAGCUACAGCACCAGACCUAG